AUGCACAUUGAAACGAAGUGGAGGACCAGGAAGGGCGAUGACAGUGAGAACUGUAGAAGAGGAAACGAAUGUGCUGGAUAUGAUACAGGUACGUUCCUCCAUUUGUUCAUAACGAUUGGGAUUUUGUACGCACAGAUUUUUGGAUACGCUGUGUCCUUGCUGGCAUUUCACAUCUUAAUGCUCGCAGUACCGAUCGUUUGUGCAAUUAGUUUCAUAUUCAUGCCCGAAACACCCGUCUAUCUCAUUAGAAACGGAAAAUUAGAUAAAGUUCCGAAAACCUUCCAAUUCCUACGCGGCAAAAUGUACGACUUCAGCCAUGAAGUUGUGAUCAUAGAAGAACAAAUAGCUGAAGAUGCGAAGAGGCCCGGAUUUUGGGUGUCCAUGAAUACAAAGGCCUCCAAGAAGGCGUCGCUGAUAUGCCUGAUGCUGAUGUUCUACCAACAGUUUUCAGGCGUCAUCCCAAUACUCUUUUUCCUGAAUGAAAUCUUCACGUCGGCUGGAUCAAGUUUAGAACCUCAAUGGUGCGUCAUCAUAGUCGGCAUAGUCGAGGUGGGUGUUAGCAUAGUUUCCUCGUUGGUCAUGGAUAAAUUUGGUAGAAAAAUUUUGCUGAUAGUCUCGAGUGUCACUAUGGCAAUUUCUGCCGCUGUGUUAGGAUUGUUCUUCACCUUGAAGAACAGCGCAAUUAUUGAAAAAGACGAUAUUGGCAAGAUAAGCUUCCUCUCCAUAUUGUCGCUGAUGGUGUUCAUCGCAGGCUUCUGUUUUGGUAUUGGCCCCAUUCCAUGGAUGGCUCCCUCGGAACUAUUCGCUCCAGAAGUUACGGCAAAGUGCAGUUCGGCCGCAUCUACCUUUAAUUGGCUGCUAGCCUUUUUCGUGUCUAGAUUUUUCCUCAACGUAGUGGACGCCAUUGGUAGCGACGCCACCUUCUACAUCUUUGCCGGUAUUACAGCAACUGUACCGUUCUUUGCAUGGUUUUUAUUUCCAGAGACAAAGGGGAAAAUCUUUAUACAGAUCAAGAGUGAACUUGAAGGAAAAUCGCCAGAUGAAAUGUCGCCAGAUGAAAUAUCGCCACAAGAAAUACUAUAG